AUGGCUCAAAGUGAGCCUCCGCCCCCGGAGCUGUCCUCAUCAAAUGCCGAUGGCCGCAUCCCCCAUAAAUUUUGGAGGAAGCUCUUGGGUCGGAACAAUGUCCCUUCGGAUCCAGCACCAGAGCCUCCAAAGCCGCAGGAUCCCAGCGCCGAUGAUGAAAUUCGCCCAGAGCUUAUCCGCCGGGUGCCAAGGGAGGUUGUCCCUGGCUUGCCCCGAGCGAAGACGUUCAAAAGACAACAGUCUGAGCUCCGAGAGAACCUUGAGCCUGUCCAGCCCACACCUGCUGAGAGACGUGCUCUCUCCAUGGACAGAAGGUGGCACGCGUCUCAAACCAGCUCACAAUGUCCCUCUAAUCCGAGGACAAGCGCCCCAGAUAUGGUCGAUCGGUCGAUCAGUGAGACAUCCUCGGUCCCUUCCCUCCCUGCAAGCCCUGUCGAGGGCAGAAUGCUGGACAGCGUAGAUGAGAUGGCAUCGUUGAGCGAGAUCCAGAUGCAGGUCCCCGCGACUGAGUAUCGGCCGCUGUCACCUACGAACCCCCCGAGCCUGCCCGACGAUGCAUCUAUGACAACAUCGCAGUACGACCAAAUGAUACACGACGAGCUGGAGCAGAGAUGGAUUCUCAACCUAUCCAUGCACUUUCGUGACAGGACCAAAAGGGAGAAAUUCUUCGUGACCUUCCGCCAGGACAAUGCCCACUGGCGACGCGUGACCAUCUCUCUCGACUAUCGCAAUGCCCCCGAAGACUCGCUCGAGAUGGAUCUGUUCCAUACCAAACAUCAGCGCGACAAAAAUGCCAAAAUUUACGAGGCCAUUCGAGAGAGCCUGGAAGAUAUCCAGUUCUAUGAAACCGUGACCAACCUCAAGCUGCAGACAACCGACGGCAGACUCCAUGUACAUGUUGUUGAGGAUGUAAAUGAAGUGAUUGAACACCCCAAUGUGAACAUGGUGAAGCAUCUCGGGUGUCCCCGUAUCAGGGAGAAGGAUAUCGAGUUUGACUCUCACAUGUCUGGCUUUGUCUACAAGGUCAGAGUCGAUGGACGACUCCUCAUCAAGAAGGAGAUCCCUGGCCAGGAUACAGUGGACGAGUUUCUCUAUGAGGUCAAUGCCCUCCAUCAUCUCCGCGAUUCUCCCAACGUGAUAGAGUUCUUUGGGGUGGUAGUAGAUGACAAGGAAGAGAAGAUCAAGGGCCUCUUGAUCAGCUAUGCCGACCAAGGCGCUCUCAUUGACAUCAUCUACGACCAUGAUCAUACACUGCCGUGGGUCACUCGUGAGAAAUGGGCGCGGCAGGUCGUUCAAGGCCUCUCUCACAUCCACGAGGCGGGCUUUGUCCAGGGCGAUUUCACCCUGUCCAACAUCGUUAUCGAUAGCGAUGAGAACGCGAGAAUUAUAGACAUCAACAGGAGAGGCUGCCCUGUUGGCUGGGAGCCGCCAGAGGCAACGCCGUUGAUUGAUACGGGCCAGCGCAUCUCGAUGUAUAUCGGGGUCAAAUCGGAUCUGUUCCAGCUGGGCAUGGUGCUCUGGGCUUUGGCAGCCCAGGAGGAUGAGCCCGAGUCUUCAGGCCGCCCGCUCACUUUCGACGAGGACCUCAGACAGACCACUCCUGAAUGGUACCAGCGCAUUGUACAGAUAUGUCUGAGCCCCGAUCCUCGAAGACGAGUCCAUGCCACCGACCUUCUGCGGCUGUUCCCCGUCUACCCGACAAAGACUGAAGGCCACGGCGUUGCAGACAAGAAGAAUGGUCACAUUAUCAGGACGGGGCAGCCGCCGAGCUCCUGGCAGUUUGAUCCUCACUACUACGUCAAUCCUGAUCUUGGCGAUCAGACUUACGCCUACCCUCCUCGAGGCCGGUCGCCGCCCAGUCCGUUGCCAAGCAAUCAUGACGGCGAUAGGCCAUAUUGGUCUCGAGGCUAUAGCUACGGGGGUGGGCACAGCACCUCGGCCAGUAGUGUUCCCGAGUCGAUGCCACAAGAGUAUGCUCCGUCAGAGAAAGCCUCGAAGUUCGGUGAAAGUCGCGAAAUAAGCGUGGAUGCGGUUGUCCACGAGGCCGGGAUGACUGGGCCCCAGGGCAAGGCUUUCCUCGAACACAACGAUGAGACCCCAAGGGUCGAGAAAGAAGGGCUGGAUAUCGGCUCAGCGGGUGGCGAUGCAGCGCCUCCUCCAGAGUCUGCACACGCUAGUUCGGAAGAAGAACGGCCGGCAGAGCAGUGGGGUUCAAAUGAUGCAAAGGAGAAGAUGAUCGUUCCUGAAGUGCGGGUGGAUACUGCUCCAUCAGACUUGUCAGAGAGCCAUGUUGAUGAGGAUGAGGUGAAGCCCACGUCGAGCCCGCGGGCCGCGUCGUGGCACAUUGAAGACCAGCAAAGAGACACAGUCUCCUCCACGGGAGCCGAACCGGGGAGCACAGGACCCGGACCAUCAGAAGAUGAUGGUGAUGAGAAGAUACAGGACCAAAGCGAAAGAUGGGAAGAGGCGCACCCUCAGGAACACGCAGGCGACAUACAGAUGAAGCACAGCGCAAGCAGUGACAAGGACGGCAGCAGCAGCAGAAGCAAGCUGGACAAAGUCACGACUGAUACGUUGUUCGAGUCUUCUGACCCGCCGCCCGUCGGCCCCGGCUCGGAGGCGGCUUGCAGGAGCCCUGCCGCGGCCACGGGCGGCACCGUGGCAGAAGACUUGCAAGGGAUCGGGUCGGCUCACGAGUCGAGUGCCGGGGGCGACGAGUCGCCGACCACGCACGAGACGAUGGAGCACGACCUGGGGCUAUUGACGACCACGCACCAACCGACAGAUCACGAAGCCACAUGA